UUUCUUUGCUAUCUUUCAAGCAGAAAUUUGGCUUUUCUGUUAUUUAUCAUAGUUUCUCAGUUGUGUUUCCUUUUGUUCUAAUUUGUUAGACUUUAUUCUAGACAGUUGCAUGUAUAAAAAUAAAAAUGAAAAUCCAAGGAAAAGUCACUUUAAAAAUAUUCAGCUAAAAUAUCCCCUUAGUUUAAGUAUAUAUAGUAGUUUAAUGACCAAAUCAUUUAUAUUUUAUUUAUAAAGUGCUUUGCUUAUAUCAUUGCCCACAAUUGGAAAUGUAGCUAACAAGUAUUGGGUGUUGGACUGUGUGGUAGUAGAAAAAGACUCAGAUAUAUUCUUACUAUCCUAUCACCCAUAGGUGACACUUUGACAUAUGAACAGAGUAGAAUAGAAUGGACUAAGAAAAUAAUGUCAGAUAAAUGAUGUUCAUUACAAAGGAAAAUAUAUUUUUACAUCUUUUUAAAAAAUCUUUGCAUUUGCUACUUUCCAUGGAGACCUACUCUCUUGUAUAGUAUAAGGACUAAAUGUUAGUUUUAAAAUAAUUAAAACCCUUCAUUAUCAUCAUCAUUAUCAAAUAUCACUAACCGGAGUCAAAUAAUUUGAAUUCUCUUCCAGGUCUACGGCUCACAGGAUGCCUGAUAAUGAACAAAUACAACCUUUUUGGCAUCUCUAAAAUGGGCAUAAUAAAUUUCUUAAUUUCUUCAGCAUAAUUCUGUGAUGCUAAAAUAAUACAUAUAACAAUAAUAUUUUAGAAAGUAUGAAAGUAUAACAAGGUGGCAUUAUGAUUAUAGAGGUGCUAGAAUAUUGUGGUAAUGUGUACAGGCUCUGGAGCCAGACUUCCUUGAUUCAGAUAGUGAAUCACUAGAUAUUUAACCUCAGACAGGCUACUUAAUAUCUGAGUGCCUCAAUAGCCUCGUCUGGAGAACAGGGCUAGUAACAGUCCUUAACUCAUAGUGUUGUUGUGUGGAUUAAAUGGGGUAAUACUGUAACUCUCUUAGAAUGGGACCUGGGGCAUUAUAAAAGUUCCUAGCUCUUAAAUAAUAAUAUUUAAAUAUCUAAUAUAACAUCAAAAUUUUAAUUACUUCAUUCAAAACAUUCAAAGCUUGUUAAAAACAAUGUAGGCUGAAGUUUUCUGGGCCAGAUUACAAAUGACCUUAUGGAAGAGAUGUAGUCCCUUUAGCCAAAAGAGGUCAUGAGGACACUGCCUAGGCUACAGGAAAUCUCAACAAAUAUUCUCAAGAUUCUUUUAUGGUGCAGUGGCAUCAUUCUGAACCUCCAAGUCCAAAUUGCUUUUAAGGAAUCACCCAGUUCUUCUUCCUCCUAGGAAUACUCCUAUUAGGAUCAUCUUUUGAUCAAAAUGAAAAUUCCCCCAAUUAUGGUGGUUUUUAAGAUUAGUUUUCUUUAUACUAGGUUUUGAAUUUAUGGGACAUGCCCUCCACCCAAUCUUGGGUAAUAUUUUCUGCAAUGACAGGACCUCACUGGGGAAAUCCUAAGUGAAGAUAAUAGCAUGUUAUAUUAAGUGGUGCCAGUAUUCCAUUUAAUAUUAAGCAAUUGCAUAACAGGCUUUUUAAAUACCUAAGUUAAAAGUGGUACAUUAAUGUUGAGUAUACUUCUACUGCAAAGUCCAUUCUCCCACUGAUUUCAAACAAAUACCAUUUAAGUGCCAACCUACUAUUACAAGAGUUUACUAUUUUAUUCUUGCUCCAAAAUGGCAUCAACAGUGAUGGGGUGCUUUUGGGGGAUUAUUGAACAGAAUUUUUGCAACAAAGGAGCAAGCAUGGGGAAAUGCAAAACAUCAAUGAUAGGGAUUGCAACGUUUUAUCUCAGCAUUCCUCAUAUCUACACACCCCCUAAUCAAAUGAGCAGUUUUAUGGCAUGUGCAAUUGCAAUUGAAGUAUAACUGACUUCUGCAGAACUGGCUUCCAUAGGAUUUCCUGUCCAAAAAUCACCAUGUGGUCAUCUGCAGCUACAUGGUUACAAAUCAUCAAGUAAGCAAGGCUUCCCCACCCCAGUAUUCUUUUUUUAAGGAGUCAAAUCCACCAAACUCUAUCAUUUGCAAAUUAUCUCUGGACUUAUUUUAUUCCCUUUUUUUCAUUGGGUAAAAAGGAAAACAAGCAAACAAAAAAUCCUCCCUCCGUAUUUGUUCAAGGCGUAAUUUCCCUGCGAGGUGUUUUACAGGCUUCUCCUUGUUUAGCUUUUCUUGCCUGGUAAUUACUUACUGAAAGAAAUCUGCUCUUCCAGAGCGAGCUAUUCCUUUAACCCCUUUUGCUUGCUCUUCCUUGGAGGCUAGCAAGGAGUGUGCGGCUCUGCAAUGUCUGGGAACCCACCUAGAGGGCCCCCUUGACGCCAGCACAUCCCCUGUCAGACAGCAGUCUCUGCAGCCGAGCCAGGCUGCUGCAGAGUUAAUGUACAGUACCACGGAGCCUGCAAGUGUCCUGAGCUGAUCAGAGCUGGGGCGGCACAGCCCAGGGCAGACAAGGCGGCUGCGAGGAUUCCAAAGGUUCUGCUAGAAAUUCGGCGCUGGGGGACUCCAGCAGGAGCCUGUUGCCAUUGUGUUUUAAAAGCAUGCAAGGUCUGUAUAGCUUGGGCAUGAGAAUCUUUCAGAAGAUGUCAGAGCAUCAGAAUAAAUGACACCUAUUGGAAAACUGAAUUUGGGGUGAAAAAAGAGAUUGAGAGAGAGAGGGAAAAAAAAAGAGAAAAGAAAGACAUCGGGGGAAGAAAUUCUUAGACAACGUCUGACUUGCAGCUGUGAAAUUCAUUUUCUUUCCAAGGCAAAAUAUGAAACGCUCCCACAUGGUUUUGAUAAUAACAAAUUAAAGGGGAUUCUGCAGUGAAAAGAUCAAUAGCUUAGUCAUUUUACUUAAAGAGAACAGGCAGCCUUAUUAUGGGGUUAGGCAACAGAAAGGAAUUUCAUCGUGACAGCACCUUCUGAAGUCAUGAUGGUAGUUAAUGGUAAUCUUGUCCUGCAAAGCAGAAAUUACUCGUUGCCUUCCUACUUUUGCAGUUGAACCAGCAAUUCUGAAAUCUGGGAAAGAAGUUGGCUUUGGUGAUACAUGGUUUGUAGCCCCUCUGCCCAGGCCUUUGUCCGACACGUCUCAGAAGGUAACACUGCGUUAAAGUGACCACACAUGAAUAUGUGCCUAAGAAAGAAGAAAAAGCAAUAUUCAUUUCUAAAGGACAGCAUGGCAAAGCAACCUGAAGUUUUCCAUUUCCCUUCUAACACUUCUUUAACAAGGAUAUCAAGAAACUGUCUUUUGACGCCUUUCUUCUCACAUUCCAGAGUCCUUCCUUAAGGAUGCAUUAAUUUACACUCAAGGCGGUUAGAUUUUACCAGGACAAUAUUUGCCACCAUUUAGGAUUAGUAGUUGAACUGGUUAUUUUAGUGUGUUGACUAACUAGUGGAACCUAAAUGGAUGGACCCAUACCUGCAGUGCUCUGUGAUGUUUCUUUUUUCAAAUCCUGGAAGGCCUUUUGUAACUGGAAUUUUUUUUUAUUGGUGGGGGGAAAUUUUGUGUUUUCUUUUGGAAUUCAAUACUUGUUGCAAUAAUUGCCCACGAUAGCUGCUCAAACAAGAGAGUUGGAAUUCAUCUGUAAAAAUCACUACAUGUAACAUAGGAGACAAGAAAAAUAUUAAUGACAGAAGAUCUGCGAACAUGAUGCACGUGAAUAAUUUUCCCUUUAGAAGGCAUUCCUGGAUAUGUUUUGAUGUGGACAAUGGCACAUCUGCGGGACGGAGUCCCUUGGAUCCCAUGACCAGCCCAGGAUCUGGGCUAAUUCUCCAAGCAAAUUUUGUCCACAGUCAACGCCGGGAGUCCUUCCUGUAUCGAUCUGACAGCGAUUAUGACCUCUCUCCAAAGUCUAUGUCCCGGAACUCCUCCAUUGCCAGUGAUAUACACGGAGAUGACUUGAUUGUGACUCCAUUUGCUCAGGUCUUGGCCAGUCUGCGAACUGUACGAAACAACUUUGCUGCAUUAACUAAUUUGCAAGAUCGAGCACCUAGCAAAAGAUCACCCAUGUGCAACCAACCAUCCAUCAACAAAGCCACCAUAACAGAGGAGGCCUACCAGAAACUGGCCAGCGAGACCCUGGAGGAGCUGGACUGGUGUCUGGACCAGUUAGAGACCCUACAGACCAGGCACUCCGUCAGUGAGAUGGCCUCCAACAAGUUUAAAAGGAUGCUUAAUCGGGAGCUCACCCAUCUCUCUGAAAUGAGUCGGUCUGGAAAUCAAGUGUCAGAGUUUAUAUCAAACACAUUCUUAGAUAAGCAACAUGAAGUGGAAAUUCCUUCUCCAACUCAGAAGGAAAAGGAGAAAAAGAAAAGACCAAUGUCUCAGAUCAGUGGAGUCAAGAAAUUGAUGCACAGCUCUAGCCUGACUAAUUCAAGUAUUCCAAGGUUUGGAGUUAAAACUGAACAAGAAGAUGUCCUUGCCAAGGAACUAGAAGAUGUGAACAAAUGGGGUCUUCAUGUUUUCAGAAUAGCAGAGUUGUCUGGUAACCGGCCCUUGACUGUUAUCAUGCACACCAUUUUUCAGGAACGGGAUUUAUUAAAAACAUUUAAAAUUCCAGUAGAUACUUUAAUUACAUAUCUUAUGACUCUCGAAGACCAUUACCAUGCUGAUGUGGCCUAUCACAACAAUAUCCAUGCUGCAGAUGUUGUCCAGUCUACUCAUGUGCUAUUGUCUACACCUGCUUUGGAGGCCGUGUUUACAGAUUUGGAGAUUCUUGCAGCAAUUUUUGCCAGUGCAAUACAUGAUGUAGAUCAUCCUGGUGUGUCCAAUCAAUUUCUGAUCAAUACAAAUUCUGAACUUGCCUUGAUGUACAACGAUUCCUCGGUCUUAGAGAACCAUCAUUUGGCUGUGGGCUUUAAAUUGCUUCAGGAAGAAAACUGUGACAUUUUCCAGAAUUUGACCAAAAAACAAAGACAAUCUUUAAGGAAAAUGGUCAUUGACAUUGUACUUGCAACAGAUAUGUCAAAACACAUGAAUCUACUAGCUGAUUUGAAGACUAUGGUUGAAACUAAGAAAGUGACAAGCUCUGGAGUUCUUCUUCUUGAUAAUUAUUCCGAUAGGAUUCAGGUUCUUCAGAAUAUGGUGCAUUGUGCAGAUCUGAGCAACCCAACAAAGCCUCUGCAACUGUACCGCCAGUGGACGGACCGGAUAAUGGAGGAGUUCUUCCGCCAAGGAGACCGAGAGAGGGAACGUGGCAUGGAGAUAAGCCCCAUGUGUGACAAGCACAAUGCUUCCGUGGAAAAAUCACAGGUGGGCUUCAUAGACUAUAUUGUUCAUCCCCUCUGGGAGACAUGGGCAGACCUCGUCCACCCUGACGCCCAGGACAUUUUGGACACUUUGGAGGACAAUCGUGAAUGGUACCAGAGCACAAUCCCUCAGAGCCCCUCUCCUGCACCUGAUGACCCAGAAGAGGGCCGGCAGGGUCAAACUGAGAAAUUCCAGUUUGAACUAACUUUAGAGGAAGAUGGUGAGUCAGACACAGAAAAGGACAGUGGCAGUCAAGUGGAAGAAGACACUAGUUGCAGUGACUCCAAGACUCUUUGUACUCAAGACUCGGAGUCUACUGAAAUUCCCCUCGAUGAACAGGUUGAAGAGGAGGCAGUAGGGGAAGAAGAGGAAAGCCAGCCUGAAGCCUGUGUCAUAGAUGAUCGUUCUCCUGACACGUAACAGUGCAAAAACUUUCAUGCCUUUUUUUUUUUUUAGCAGAAAAAUUGUUUCCAAAGUGCAUGUCACAUGCCACAACCACGGUCACACCUCACUGUCAUCUGCCAGGACGUUUAUUGAACAAAACUGACCUUGACUACUCAGUCCGGCGCUCAGGAAUAUCGUAACCAGUUUUUUCACCUCCAUGUCAUCAGAGCAAGGUGGACAUCUUCAUGAACAGCGUUUUUAACAAGAUUUCAGCUUGGUAGAGCUGACAAGGCAGAUAAAAUCUACUCCAAAUUGUUUUCAAGAGAGUGUGGCUCAUCAGGCGGCCCAAAAGUUGAUUGGACUUGGGGUUUCUAUUCUUUUUAUUUGUUUCCAAUAUUUUCAGAAGAAAGGCAUUGCACAGAGUGAACUUAAUGGACAAAGCAACAAAUAUGUCAAGAACAGGACAUAGCACGCAUCUGUUACCAGUAGGAGGAGGAUGAGCCACAGAAAUUGCAUAAUUUUCUAAUUUCAAGUCUUCCUGAUACAUGACUGAAUAGUGUGGUUCAGUGAGCUGCACUGACCUCUACAUUUUGUAUGAUAUGUAAAACAGAUUUUUUGUAGAGCUUACUUUUAUUAUUAAAUGUAUUGAGGUAUUAUAUUUAAAAAACUAUGUUCAGAACUUCAUCUGCCACUGGUUAUUUUUUUCUAAAGAGUAACUUGCAAGUUUUCAGUACAAAUCUGUGCUACACUGGAUAAAAAUCUAAUUUACAAAUUUUACUUGCACCUUAUAGUUCAUAGCAAUUAACUGAUUUGUAGUGAUACAUUGUUUUAUAUACCAAUGACUUCCAUAUUUUAAAACAACAGAAAAACAACUUUAUGUUGCAGGAAACCCUUUUUGUAAGUAAGUCUUUAUUAUUUACUUUGCAUUUUGUUUCACUCUUUCCAGAUAAGAGUUGCUCUUCACCAGUGUUUUUCUUCAGUGUGCAAAGUGACUAAUUGUUCUAUAAUACUUUAAUGUGUGUUCUAUCAAAUAUGUCUUAAGCUUCAUGCGAAUUCAGUCAUCUGCUGGUGUUGUCUGAAGCAAGUGGGAGAUAUAUAAAUACCCAGUAGCUAAACUGGUCAGUGUUUUUGAGAUGUUUUCCUACUUAGUAUCUCCUAAUAACGUUUUGCUGUGUCAAUAGACAUGCAUUUCACAAGUGCAUAUCUUUCUAAUAAUCUGCACAUUUCAUGCUCAUUUUUAUUGUUUUUACAGCCAGUUAUAGUAAGAAAAAGGUUUUUCCCCUCGUGCUGCUUUAUAAUUUAGUGUGUGUUUGAACCUCUGUCCAUUUUGCUAGAUGAGGUCUUGUCAAAUAUAUCACUACCAUUGUCACCAGUGAAAAGAAACAGGUAGUCAAGUUAGGGUUAACAUUCAUUUCAACCAUGAGGUUGUAUAUCAUGACUAGAUUUUACUCUUGGUUUACAGAGAAAAGUUAAACAGCUAACUAGGCAGUUUUUAAGAAUAUUAACAACAUAUUAACAAACACCAGUACAAUAACUAAUCCUCUUUGGUUUUAAUGAUUUCACUAUGGGAUUAAGAACUAUAUCAGGAAUAUACCUGAGAAAUGGUUUUAAGUAUAGCAACUACUCUUCCUUAAUGGACAGCCACAUAACAUGCAGGAAUUGCUUUAUCACUUAUCCUCGAUCUAUAAGCAUAUCUAUCUUGCAGAGGGGAACUACUUCUUGAAACACAUGGAGGGAAAGAAGAUGAUGCCACUGGCAUCAGAGGGUUAGUACUGUGAUGCAUCCUAAAAUAUUAGAUUGGUAAAAAUUCUGCUUAAAUAAAAAAUUAGAGAUCACUCUUGGCUGAUUUCAGCACCAGGAACUGUAUUACAGUUUUAGAGAUUAAUUCCCAGUGUUUACCUGAUUAUAGCAGUUGGCAUCAUGGGGCAUUUAAUUCUGACUUUAUUCCUAUGUCAGUCUUUGUAAUAAAGUCUUUACCUUCUCUAUGAAGACUUUAAAGCCCAAAUAAUCAUUUUUCACGUUGAUAUUCAAGAAUUGAGAUAGAGGCCAAAGUGGGUAUCUGACAAGUGGAAAAUCAAACAUUUAAGAAUAAUUACAACCCUGAAAAGCAUUUCUAUUUGGAACUUCUCAAGGAGCCUUCCAGGGACUGGAAACUAAGUCAUCAGCCAGGGAAAUGACUCAAGCUGAAGACAGUCCCCUGAGAUCUGGCUGAUGCUUAGAUCCUUUGAAAUAAAAAUUAUGUCUUUAUAACUCUGAUCUUUUACAUAAGGCAGAAUAGGAAUCAACUAGUUAAUUGCAAGGUUUCUACUCUCUUUCCUCUGUAAAGAUCAGAUGGUGAUCUUUCAAAUAAAGACAUAUAUUUGACCAAGUAGUUUCACAAGAACAUUUGGGAACUUGUUUCCUUUUAAUUUUAUUUGUCCCUGAGUGAGGUCUAGAAAGAAAGGCAAAGAGUCUAGAAUUUAUUUUUUCUUUCCAAAACAUUCUCAUUCCUGUCCUCCCUACACUUAGUAUUUCCCCCACAGAGUGCCUAGAAUUUUAAUAAUGAAUAAAAUAAAAAGCAGCAAUAUGUCACUUAAAUCCAGACCUGAAAGGGUAAAGGGUUUAUAACUGCACUAAUAAAGAGAGGCUUUUUUUUUUUCAGUUUGUUGGUUUUUAAUGGUACCACGUUGUAAAGAUACCCACUAACAGACAAUCAAAUUGCAGAAAAGGCUCAAUAUCCAAGAGACAGGGACUAAUGCACUGUACAAUCUGCUUACCCUUGCCCUUCUCUCUCGCCAAAGUGUGCUUCAGAAAUACACACUGCUUUAAAAAAGAAUAUCCUUUUACAAGUGGCUUUACAUUUCCUGAAAUGCCAUAAGAAAAUGCAAUAUCUGGGUACUGUAUGGGGAAAAAUAUGUCCAAGUUUGUGUAAAACCAGUGCAUUUCAGCUUGCAAGUUACUGAACACAAUAAUGCUGUUUUAAUUUUGUCUUCUUUUAUAUCAGUUAAAAUUCACAAUAAUGUAGAUAGAACAAAUUAUAGACAAGGAAAGAAAAAACUUGAAUGAAAUGGAUUUUACAGAAAGCUUUAUGAUAAUUUUUGAAUGCAUUAUUUAUUUUUUGUGCCAUGCAUUUUUUUCUCACCAAAUGACCUUACCUGUAAUACAGUCUUGUUUGUCUGUUUACAACCAUGUAUUUAUUGCAAUGUACAUACUGUAAUGUUAAUUGUAAAUUAUCAGUUCUUAUUAAAACAUCAUCCCAUGAUGGGAUGGUGUUGAUAUAUUUGGAAACUCUUGGUGAGAGAAUGAAUGGUGUGUAUACAUACUCUGUACAUUUUUCUUUUCUCCUGUAAUAUAGUCUUGUCACCUUAGAGCUUGUUUAUGGAAGAUUCAAGAAAACUAUAAAAUACUUAAAGAUAUAUAAAUUUUAAAAACCAUAGCUGCAGGUCUUUGGUCCCAGGGCUGUGCCUUAACUUUAAUCAAUAUUUUCUUCUGUUUUGCUGCAUUUGAAAGGUAACGGUGGAGCUAGGGCUGGGCAUUUUACAUCCAGGCUUUUAAUUGAUUAGAAUUCUGCCAAUAGGUAGAUUUUACAAAACCACAGACAACCUCUGAAAGAUUCUGAGACCCUUUUGAGACAUAAGCUCUUAAGUACUUCUUGCCAGGGAGUAGCACUGCAUGUGUGAUGAUUGUUUGCCAUCUGUUGAUCAGGAGCUACUUCAGCUACUUGCAUUAGAGUAUUUCCUUUUUUUUUUUUUUAACUCGGAAACACAACUGGGGAAAUACAUUCUUUCCCAGUGAUUGAUUAUAAACAAUCUUUUUUUAAAAGUCUUUUUAGCUUCUAGAGCUCAUAGGAAAAUGAACUUGAUUUGAAAUUGGAGCCAGAGUUUACUCGUGUUGGUUAUCUAUUCAUCAGCUUCCUGUCAUGUUAAGAGAAUAUAUUAAAGAGAAAAUACCAUUUUUUAAUCCUAAAAUUUUUCUUCCACUAAGAUAAACCAAAUGUCCUUACAUACAUGUAAACCCAUCUAUUUAAACACAAAGUUGUGUCUGAUGUCAGUUUACAUAGCAGAAAGCAUUCACCAUCCUCUAAGAUUUGUGUCUGCAAAACUUUCAUUGCUUUAGAAUUUUAAAAUUUAACCUUGUACAAUGGCCAGCCCCUAAAGCAGGAAACAUUUAUAAUGGAUAAUAUGGAAAUGUCCUCCCACUACUUGCCCAGCCCUUGAAUCACGUGGCUUUUCAGUGAAAGGAAAGAUUCUUUUUCUGGGAAUAAUGAGCCUCCUAUUUUAUUUUAUUUUAUUGUUUGACACAAACUGUAGAUUUUAGCAGCCCUGGCCCAAAGAAAUUUGAUUACUUUUGUUUUAAACAGUACAAAGGGGACACUAUAAUUACAAAAACAUCCUUAACUGAUUUGAGUUGUUUUUAUUUCUUUGGAUAUGUUUUCAGAGUGGUAAAUUGUGUGUGAGAAUUACAAAUGAUUCUUUUAGUGGUUUCUUAGCCUCUCUUACAGCCCACGGGGAUAGUACUGUACAUCAAUACCUUCAUAUGAAAUUUUUAUAUGCAAUGAAAAUAAAAGCAUGGGUUGAUUCUGCCUAUUUAUGACUCAAUAUUUUACAAAUAAAAGAUUAUUCAUUUUAUAGUUCAAUCAGCACGUUUCUUAGGAUACUGAACGUGGUUCAAAGGAGAAUAGUGACAUCGUAAGUUAGUACUGAUAUUCAUAACCAAAUGAAGCCAACUCGAGUUAUUUUGCUACAUUAAAAUUACCAAAAUUACUUAGAUGACCUAUAAAAUUAAGCACAGUAUUUUCUAAGCAAGCUUUGGAAGGGGCCUUCCAUACUUAAUUGAAUUUUCUGGGAUACUGAGAAUUAUUCAGACACUUGACAAUUAUUUGUCGGUUACCUACUCUGCAAACUACAAAGUUUUAAGGAUUCAACAAUAAGUUAAUGAAACACCGUAUUUGCUUUCAUGGAGCUUACAGUCUGGAGGGGACAAAGGCGUUAAACAAUUCAAUACUCAUAUAAUUAUAUACAUGAUCAGUACAAUGAAGGAGCUCAGUGGGGUGAAUAAGCAGAAACCUGAACUUGAUCUAUUCCGGAGGGCCAGGGAAGGCUUCCUUGAGGCCUUGAGAAAGUGAUUUGCAUCUGAGUUCUGAAGGAUUUUAAGAGGUAACUAGGGGAAUAGUUGAUAGAAAGAGGAAGGGGACCAGACAGGAAACAUUUGCAAAGAUCUUGAGGCAUAAAUGAGCUUGAGACAUCUGGAGAAACUGAGGAAAAGUGAGAGAGUAGGUAGGGCCUGGAGCCGCAGAGCCAUUGCUAACCAUCCUGUGUGAGAGCUCCCCCAUUCUGUAGCUUUAUUCUCAUAACCCUGCUCCAUUUUCUUUAUAACAUUUCUCACAGAUUUAUAUAUGCAGCUGUUUUUGUUGUCUGUCUCUCCCACCAGACCACAGCUCCGUGAGAGCAAGCUCUUUGCCUACCAAUAUAUCACUAGCACUUAAAACUAUGCCUGGUUCACAGUAGGUUCUUAAUAUGUGUUGAAUAUAGCCACCAAAUUGAUACCGGAUAUAAUUCAAUCUGAUAAGAUAUUUUGAGAUAUUAAAGAGUUUUUAACUUGA